AUGAACAGCACCCCGAGGGAUGCCCAGGGCCCCGGACACCGCGAGUGCCUCCUGCCUUCUGUGGCCCGGACCCCCUCUGUCACCCAGGUCAUGCCAGCCAAGAAGAUAACUUUCCUCAAGCGAGGGGAUCCCCAGUUUGCUGGGGUUCGCCUGGCCGUUCACCGACGCGCCUUCAGGAGUUUCGGGGCCCUGAUGGAUGAGCUCUCUCAGCGCGUGCCGCUGUCCUUUGGGGUGCGCUCCGUCACCACACCCCGGGGCCUGCACGGCCUCAGCACCCUGGAGCAGCUGCAAGACGGCGGCUGCUACCUCUGCUCCGAUAAGAAGCCCCCCAAGACCCCCAGCGGGCCGGGCCGGCCACGGGGGAGAAGCCCUUCUCAGCAGUCACGGGAUUUUGAAGGCUGCUGCGAGGCACCUGGAACGGCUUCUUCCUGCAAAAGUCUCAGAGCCCCGAGGAGGAUAACGCUGGUUAAGAACGGCGACCCUCGAUACCAGCAGACAGUGGUGCUCAGUCACAGAAACACCAGGAACCUGACGGCCUUUCUCAGCAAAGCCUCGGAUCUGCUGCACUUUCCCGUGAAGCAGGUGUACACAACCGGUGGGAAAAAGGUGGACUCUCUGAAGGGUCUGCUACACAGCCCCUCGGUGCUGGUAUGUGCCGGUCACGAGCCCUUCAGACCUCUGGCAGUGGAAGAUGUCAGAAGAAAUGGAAGUGAACCUUUAUCUGGGCAGACUUCAAGGAGGAAAAGUGGGAGCUGGGGGCCCAAAGCCAAGCAGAGCGUGAUCCAUGCGCGGUCCAGGCCAGUCAGCAGGCCACGGCAGUUCUCCUUGCUGUCAGAGAGGUCUGGGCUCGGUGACCCCUCGGUGCCUCUGCAUCGUGCCUGCAUGUGCCCUGCUCCUGACAGGAACCCUCAGGGCACACCUGCCCAGCUCAGCCCGUUGGUAGCCGGUGAAGACAUUGAGAAGAAUGUGCGUGUGAACGAGGACGGCAGCUUGUCUGUGGAGAUGAAAGUCCGCUUCCACCUACAGGGGGAGGACCUGCUCCUGUGGUCCAGGAGGGUCGGGAGGGCCAGCAGUCUCACAGCGGUCAGUGGGGAGGGCCCCGUCCUGGAGGAGGCAGAUCCCCUCGGCUGUGUGUGGGCGGGCCCCCCUAGGGACCCCUCGGAGCCUGGGGCACAGGGACUGGGGCCCUGCGAGGCAGGAGGUGUGGGAGCCUUUGACCGAGGCCGGUGGCAGCAGGGGUCUAGAUAUGAGAUCUGGAUGAACCCCCUUUAUGCCCCCCAGGGAGAGGAGACAGCCUCUCAGAGGAGGUCCGGGCUGCCCCAGAGGUCCCACUCCAGGACCCCCAGGAGCCGAGGGGUCGCCAGCAGGAAAAGGAGCGAGGACAGUGCCAGCCCUUCCUCCAGUGACAGAGCCCCUGAAGGCUCCGAGACCAACUCUCCUUUCUGCUCCAGGUCCCUGGAGGAUGGUGUGGGCAGCUGUGGCCCACGUCUGGCCUCGGGGGCUGGUGAGGGCACAGGCGAGGGAGCAAUGCCGGGCUGCAGGGAGCACCGUGGCUGCCUGAAACCCGGGACCCGAGGCCCGGCAGACGCUUUUCCUGACUCCUCGGCAAGUGGCGGGUCUCACGAGGAGUCCAGUGAAAGGGGUGAGCUGCAGCAGGGCCGCCCCAGCAAGAAGAACUGGGCCGUGACUUCCUGGGGGGCCACCCAGGGGGGAGGCCCCGGCUCCCCCGCUGUGAGCCCCUCGUCUGUAAGGAAAGACGGCCCACGGGCAGAGAGUGGACAGGGCGCCAGAUACCCCCGGGCAGCCUCUGGGCUGCAGGAUGCAGGAGGCCACCAUCCACCUUCUGCCUGUGCCUCAGCCCCAGGCAGAAGCAGAAAGCAGCAGAGCAGAGCCGGCACCCUGUCCUUACCCAGCGUUUCUGUCCUCAGCCGGGGGUCCCAGAGGGGCCGCCCCAGGCAGCACCGCCACCCAAAGGACACCCACUGCCCACUAGGCUUGCCUGUGUCCAGGCCAGUGCCGGGGCCUCCCAGCAGAGGCAGGGCCCGUCCAGACAGCCCAGCGCCUGGCCCUUCUGAAAGCCCACACAGCCGCGGGAGCCGGGCCUCCCGGGACCCGGGGCCCUGCUUCUCCGCCUCUCUUCAUUCCUGGGACACGCGAGGGCUCAGCAGCAUUCCCAUCACCCCUGUGAGCAAUUCUGACUGUGCUUCCAAUUUCCGCCCCCCAAAUUCCCCCGCUGCUGAGACCGAAGGGGACCCUGAGUUCAGGGCGUGCUCACCAGCUCCCACACCUUCAAACACAUCUGGCUCUUUCAACUCGCAAGCUGAUGGCCUGCGUGAAAAGGCAGGGGGUGACAGUCCCAAGCCUUCCUGGCCCUUGGUCCUGCCAGUCGGGUGGCCCGAGGGAGGGAGGUCGGGAGUGCACGGGGCCAGCUGCUACUCGCAGCUGGGCGCAUCCCCGGCCCGCGGGUCCCCCGGUGGGAAGACGCAGUCGCUGCCAGACUCCCAGUCUUGGGGCGGCCGGGGCCCCUUCUCUGAGGCCUGCUUGGUGUGCGGCAGGUACUGUCCCAUGCCUCACAAGCCACGGCCCUCGGGCAAGAAGCAUCCUUUGCGUACCCUCAGCCACAGCGAGGGCACCCACAGUGCUGAUGGGGAGCCGGGCGGGGCCAAGGCAGGGGAGGAAAAGCUGGACGUGUGGUGCCCUCGGCCCCCUGGCUCUCCGGGAGGGGCCGCGGGGAGAGCAGUCAGAGCCAUGAGGAGGGGUGGCUCCCGCCGCAGUCCCAAGCUCGGGAGGGCGUUCCCGGAGAAGGUCUCGGGUGGAAGAGACCUGGAGGAGCAAAAGGAAGGCGGCUGCAGGGUGCUGGGCACCCUGCCCCGAGCCUCCCCAGGAGCCGUGGUCCGUGCAUGGCUGGGCAGCAUCUCGGAGGAGCCCGUGAAAUACGAGAUGGGGGACGAGGCUGGGCACAGCCCGGAAGGUCCCGAGGAGGAACCUGUUGACCGAUAUCCCCCAGAUGGCCUGGAGGGGUCAGUGCAGGCCAGUCAAGUGCCCCUAGAAGGGGCGGCCAGUGAGAAAGCAGAACCAGAUGCAGCCCUCCCAGUGACUGGCAGCGCUGGCCCCAGGUCAGGAGAGGGCCUGCCUCGCAGUGGGGUUUCAGAAGCCCCUACACAGGCUGGCAAAGGCAAAGGAGCGGCUGUGGACCGUGCGAUGGGCCAGUGCGUGCUUCCCAGCAGGGUCUCUUCCUCCAUACACAUCAUGAAGGCGCUGAUGGGAUCCAGGCCAGGCCGGCCCAGCAGUGUGCCCGAAGUGUCCAGCUCAGUGGGCAGGAGACUCGGCCGCUCGGCCCGGGCCCUCGUCACCUGUCUCGCCAGGCUCCGCUUCUUUGAUGAUGACCUUGGGUCUCCUGCUGGCAAAGUGAGGUUCACAGACUCUCCUCGGUACCAGGAGCUCCUGAGCACCUUGCAGGCCCUGUGGCCGGGAAGUGGCCUUGGGCACAGAGAGCUGGACUUGGGCCUCCAGGAGCUAGGCUGGGGCCAGGCCCUGCCGGCCCUUGGGUCCCACGCUCCAGCUGAGGACUUCACGCCAACAUCCUCCUCUGGUGUGGAUGUUGGCAGUGGUUCUGGAGGCUCGGGGGAGGGCCACGGGCCCUGCACCGUGGACUGCGCCCUGGUCCCUGAGAGGAUGGGGCUGCCCUCAAGCAUCCCCUGCCAGAGGCCUGAUUCCAGAAUCUCAGGGAACCCAGAGGAUCCGGGAAACCAACAGCCGAGUGGUUCUGAGGCUGGUGGUGCCUCCAGCGAGGACAGGGCCGAAAGAAACAGUGGGGAGCAGAUGUUGGGCAGUGGCCUGGACCAAGGUGUUAAAAACACGAUGCAAGAACAGGGGGGACCAUUAGAGGAAAUAAAAGAGGAAAAAGAAAGAGCAGAACUGCAAGAAGAGGGUGUUAAAGGGUUUCCCGAAGAGGAAGGAAUCACAGGACGAGAAUCGUCAGGGGCGGGCUCUCGGGAUGGGGCAGGUGCCAGGGAAGACAAGAGCCUGCAGGAAGAGCAGGGAGACCCCACCUCGGCCACGCUGAGCCCCCCAGGGAAGAGAGGGAGCCCGACAGAGCGCCCUAGGAGCCUCAGGGAGAGCGACCCAGAUGCCAGCGGGAGUCAAGGUGGCUCCAACGCUGAGCCUUCUUUGGAGAAGUUGUCCACAGCAGCUGAGACAGGCUGUGGGCAAACCCAGGCCAAGCUCACCCAGGGGGCGGGGGAGAGGGGCACUUCCACAGCCCGCAGAGGGCCUCUGGACCCUGAGCCCCUCUGGGUGUCCACGUUGCUGAAGAAGCUGGAGAAGGCCUUCAUGGCCCACCUCGCCACCGCCACGGCCCGGCUCCAAGCCCGCUGGGGCCUGGAGAGCAGCGACCCGCUGGACCAGAUGGUGGCCGAGCUGCAGCAGGACGUGGGCCGGCGGCUCCGGGACCACAUCGAGAAGGAGCUCCGCAAGGUGAAGAGCCGGGCGGGGGGCACGGCGCCGGGGCCGCCCAGGGAAGCCCGCCGCUGGGAGACGCCCCUGCAGACCAAGCGGUACAGGCAGCACCUCCAGGGCCUGAGUGGCCUCUCAGCUUCCUCUGAGCACACGCAGGGCCGGGGGCCGCCCUCCUUCUCCCUGGAGGACGUGCCAACCUUCAGAGGAGCCCUGGGGACCCGGCUCGGGGAGCAGGUUGAGGAGGAGGGGUUCUGCCCCUGUGAGGCCUGCAUGAGGAAGAAAGCGGCCCCUGCAUCCCCGCGGGACGCAGUGCGGGCGGCCAGUGCACCCGUCAGAGAGGCCUUUGACCUGCAGCAAAUUCUGCAGAAGAAGGAAGGAAGAUGUGCGGACGGGGAGACAGCAGAGGCGGCCCCUGCAAAGGGGGGCAUGGAGCCCCUCGAGAGGGACCCCUCGGGGACGGACCCUGUCCGGGGAGCUGACGGAGGCCCUGAGCUGGGAUCAGGCCAGGGCCCCGGGUUGGAGGUGGGGCAUGAGACCCUCAGCAGAGAUGAAGCCCCCCGGGGGGCAGAGGAGGGGGCAACUGCUGAGAAGAGAGAAAGGAAAACAGACCCCUUUGUAGGCAGCUACCCGGACGGGGUGGGGCGGGGGAAUCAGGGUGUGGGCAGGGAGGAAGGAGACCCGGAGGUGGGCUCUGGGGCUGAGGACACUGGGGCGGGUGAAGCCCCGGGAGGAGGUGACCCAAGUCCAGGAGGACAGAACGCUGGUGCCGAAAGUGCAGAGGCCCAGGGAGCUGACGGGGAGCAACGGGCAGAGUCAGGAGGAGGAGAUGGUAAGAGAGAAGCGCGCCCUCAGCUUGGCCUCAGACACCGCCAGUCGCGUGAGGCUUCUAGAAACUGCAGCCCAGACCAGGAGGGCAGGCCCACGCCGUCCCUGGCCCCAGGUGCAGACUCCUCCCGCCACAGGUCAGGCCUGAAAUCAGGCCUCUCGUCCUCCAGCGCAUCAUCUCUGGGGAACUGCUCUCAGCUCUCUCAGCAAAGCUCCGAAGAUGAGCCUUCAGACAGACACACGAGGAGCCUUGAAGACGAGGCCAAGGGCGUCCCUGAUCCAGAGACAAAAGUCACAGGCACGUGUCCAGAAAGCUCCCUUUCUGAGCAAGACGGGGACCCCUCAGGCUCGAGGAUGCCAGAGCGAGGAACAGAUGAAGGUCUGACUCCAGAGCAGGGGACAGAGGGAGGCUCUGACUUAGAAGCUGAGAACGUAGUGAAAAGUCUCGCUUCCACAGAAGUGAUGCUUAAAAACCUCCCCAUGGACAGGACAGAUGGCUUUGGCCAAGACGACUUAGAUUUCUAA